AUGGAGAGUGACAAAGAGGGACUCAGUCUGAAGAGGGAAGUGGGGCUUGUAGGGGCUGUGUCAUUCAUCGCAGGUACCAUUAUAGGAUCUGGGAUUUUCAUUUCCCCCCAGUUUGUGCUGUAUGCCAUCGGCAGCCCCGGGGCCAGCUUUGUCGUCUGGGCUCUCUGUGGGUUGUUAUCCAUGCUGGCGGGACUCUGCUAUGCUGAACUUGGCACAGUGAUGCCAGAGUCUGGAGGAGAGUUCAUCUACAUUCUGCGGACAGUCGGCAAAGUGGUGGCCUUCGUGUACGCCUUCAGCUACAUCAUCGUCGUGAGGCCUGUCAGCACUACAGGAAUGGCUCUGAGUUUUGCUGAAUAUGCUGUGGCCCCCUUUUACGCCUGCACCCCUCCACAGCUGGUGGUGAAGUUGGUGGCUGCAGGAGUCAUCAUGGUGCUGGCUGUCGUUAACUGUCUGAGCGUCCGCUUGUCCACCGCCAUCCAGGUGGUUUCCACGGCGGUCAAAAUGCUGGCACUGGCAGUGAUCGUACUGGGAGGUGUUGUGAUGCUUUUCCAAGGACACACUGAGAACUUUGAUAACUCCUUUCAGGGAACAAAUGUUGGUGUCAGCUCAAUUGGCAUUGCUUUUUAUCAGGGCUUGUGGUCCUAUGAUGGCUGGAACACUUUGAAUUAUUUAACUGAGGAGGUGAAACAUCCCAAAGUGAAUCUUCCCAGGGCGAUUGUCAUAGCCAUUUCUCUGGUGACUUUCUUAUAUCUGCUGGUGAAUGUGAGCUACCUGACAGUGAUGACACCUAUGGAGCUCAUGUCCUCCAACGCAGUAGCAGUAACCUGGGGGAAUAAGGUGUUAGGGAGCUGGGGCUGGAUCAUGUCCGUGGCUGCAGCACUGUCUGCUUUCGGUUCGCUGAACGGGACUUUCUUCAGUGGUGGACGCAUGUGCUACGUUGCUGCCAGGGAAGGCCACUUGCCACAUAUUCUGGCCAUGGCUCACGUCCGCAGACUGACUCCAUCUCCAGCCCUGAUCUUCACCACUGCGGUCUCUCUGGUGGUGCUGAUCCCUGGAGACUUCCAGAGUAUUGUCAACUUCUUCAGUUUCACUGCCUGGUUUUUCUAUGCCCUCACCAUGUCUGGACUCCUCUACCUCAAGAUCAAGAAGCCGGAGCUCCCCAGGCCAUACAAGGUCCCCAUUAUACUCCCCAUACUGGUCCUGAUUGCGGCAAUAUUCCUUGUGCUGGCACCCAUCAUAGACGAUCCUCAGAUUGAAUACCUCUAUGUGACUUUAUUUAUCCUCAGCGGCGCUAUACUCUACAUACCCUUCAUCCAUUACAAGCUCUUCCCAGGACUGUUGACCAAGUUAACAGUUUUCCUGCAGCUGUUUCUAGAGGUCGCCCCAACGGAGAAAAACGUGUGA